GUACGUUAUCAUUGUUGUUGCCGUCGAUAGCAUCGAUAAAUAUUCGCACACAGUUCACAUUGACAGCAACAGUCAAGACAAACGAAAAAGGCUCGUGUCUUUUGUUUAAAAAUCGGUUUAAUACAAAGAAUUGGUUUAUUUUUAAUCAAUUUUUUGGUUUUACUAGAGAAAAAAAUGGCAUUUUUCCGUCGUUUGCAUAUUUUUGGUAUAAUUCAACAAUUCAUUACAGCACACACCGCGUGUUUUUUCAUCAGCAAUUGCUUAUUCGUUCUUCAUUUCCGCAUUUUUGUGUGUGUCAGUUCGUGUUCUAAAGCAAUGAUUUUCCAAUUUCAAAUUACGUCAAUGGAAUAAAAAUACGAUAAAUUGUCGCCGGAUUGCGUUUAUAAACCGAAUGGAUAUUUCGUGCUAAUUCGGGCGUUAUUAGAAUCAAGUCCUUGAUGAGUACAACUGCACACCAAAAAGUGUUUUUCACUAUCCCAUGAUUCGAAGCCAAUCUCAAUUCAAAUCAAUAGCAACAAUUGAAAGAUUGUUUCAAUUCAAUCAAUAAUGCCACUGCCUAGGCGCAGACAAAGGCUGAAAUUGGCAAAAAUAGACGUUUUUUAUACGCAAAUCGUGUUACAUUCCAUGGCGAUCGUGUGCGAUUGCAAUGAUAACGAAAAUUAGAACGAUUUUUUUCCAUGUGAGGGUGUUUUUUAUUCCAUUUUCAUAUCGAUCAGCUGUGCUGUAUCGAAACGAUAAUGAUCAUAUAAUUUUUAAUACGCGAUUGGAGUUCAAUCACACGAUAAAUCUGUGUAACAGUAAAAAAUUUCCAGUGUACAAAAGAGUAUUUAAAGGGCGAACAUCGAAAUGGGAGAAUCAAAUGGAAAUUCAUGUCAGUAGUGUAACUAUCAUCUAAGCUAAAUUAAGUAAUUCUCGAUAUAACCGAAAGGAAAGAAUUCAUUAUUAGUAAUAAUAAUAAUAAAUAAUAAUUUAUUACAAUGAAAAGAGUUCUUUUAAUCAUCGCCAUACUAUUUGUGAUAGCAAGAAGAGAAUCUCACGUCACGAAUGGAUUUUACAUACUUAAUAGCAAAUUCGCAGAUGUGAUAUCUAUGAUGAAUGCAACGUCAGUUGAAUCGAAUGUGUUGGUUAAUAACUGUCGGAGUUGCAAAUGGUUCGUCUCUCUGCUUCGAUUCUAUUUGAUGAUUGGCGAAAGUGAAGAGAAAAUUCUGAAAAUUGGAGUAGCAAUGUGUAUUCGCAUGAAAAUCCAAGCACCAAGAGUGUGUGAAUCAGGCAUUCCCUUGAUGGGUGCAGAGAUAAUCCGAAUCGCAAGGCGAGUGCACUCAUCCACGGAUAUGUCAGCGGCUGAAGUUUGUUCUUUCUUCUUCGAAGAAAUUUGCACCGAAAAGAUUGAACGUGAAAUACACAAGUGGAAUGUUGCAUUGACACCGUUUCCAAAACCAGAAAUUAAAGAGGUCCGAUUGCCAAAGAAAAAUGUGCAUACCCUAAAAGUUUUACAUUUAUCCGAUACACACAUCGAUCAUCUGUAUGUUGAGGGAGCAAACGCUGUCUGCAAUGAACCGUUAUGCUGUCGAGUGAACGAUGGAAUGACCAAUGUUUCGUAUUCAGCCGCUGGCAAAUGGGGAUCAUAUCGAUGUGAUUUGCCAAAGCGAACUCUUGAGCAUCUUUUGGAUCAUAUUGCGGAGACACAUAGGGACAUUGACUAUGUGAUUUGGACGGGUGAUCUAGUGGCUCAUGACGUUUGGAUGCAAACCAAUGAAGAUGUCAUGAACACAAUCGAGGAAAGUGUCCGAUUAUUGUCAGAGAAACUGCCAGGAAUACCGAUAUUUCCUACGAUGGGCAAUCAUGAGCGUUCUCCAGUCAAUUCCUUUCCAACAAUCGAGCAAGACAGUUCAAUAUCCGUUUUUUACAACGACAUCAAUACGCUUUGGAGUCGUUGGUUGGUAGGAAAUGUUUCGAGCACACUGCGAAAGGGUGCGUUUUAUUCAACUUUAGCACGACCUGGCCUGCGCAUCAUUUCGUUAAACAUGAAUGCUUGCAAUGACUUGAAUUUUUGGCUCAUCGAAAAUUCCAAAGAUCCCUCUACACAGCUGAAAUGGUUGAUACAUGAAUUACAAUUGGCCGAAUUUUCAAACGAAAAAGUACACAUUGUCGGACAUAUUCCGCCAGGGUACGAGGAUUGCUUGAAAACUUGGUCACAUAACUAUUACGAGAUUAUUGCUCGUUUUGAAAACACGGUUACCGCUCAGUUUUUUGGCCACACGCAUAGCGAUGAGUUUGAAGUGUUCUAUGAUCCGAAAAAUUUGAGUCGUGCAACGAAUAUAGCCUACAUUGGGCCAUCAGUAACACCAUACCAAAAUUUAAAUCCAAGCUAUCGAAUCUAUUACGUUGAUGGUGAUCACAAUGAAACGACGCGAUCGGUUGUCGACCAUGAAACAUGGGUUUUGAAUCUACAAGAGGCAAACAUGUUAGAUAAUCCAAUUUGGCGUAAGACAUACUCAGCUAGAGCAGAUUAUUCGAUGCAAGGACUACGACCGACAGAUUGGCAUGAUCUCAUCGAAAGAAUGAAAGACGAUGAUGAGCUGUUUAAAAAAUAUUUCAAGAACUAUUGGAAAGGUUCACCCUUCAUAACAGAAUGCCCGGUAGAAUGCAAACGAGAAAUUUUGUGUCAGGCAAAAAGUGGACGGAGUCAUGACAAAUUGAAUCUUUGCAUUGAUUUGCUAGACAUAGUCGAAAGAGACUACAGAUCAUCAGAGAUACCACACGAAACUGUGCCAAUAAGCUCACAACCGACGCUUCAAUUAAACACAAUUUGUAUUUGUAUUUAUAGUUUCUACAUUUUAACGACAUUCGUGACGUUUUCAUUUUAAAAUCGUGUCUCAGCUGAGCUUGUCAAAGAUGCACACAGCACAAAAAUAAAGGUUAGGUUAAUCAUUGUGUCGAUUUUUCGUUCAUGACAAGCAACAAUCUUUCGUGGCAAAAAUCUUCAAAGUGUUUUUUCAAUGUUCAACUAAUUUGUAGCUCAAGAGCAUGAAAGAAAAGACAAAAUGGAAAAAGGAACAAAAGAGAGAAAAUAAAAUU